AACAAUGAGUCCAGAAUCAGUGUCAGAGGGCCAUCAAGUGACACUGACCUGUAACACCACCUGCAGUCUGAGUAACAACCCCACCUAUAUCUGGUACAGGAACUCACAGCCUCUGACUAACCCACACCCAACCAGCAGCAACACCCUGUCCAUAACCUCAGUUAGCAAAGAGGAUGCUGGUUAUUACUCCUGUGCUGUAAGAGGACAUGAGGGUCACCCAUCACUCUCUGUGUGUGUUCUGAGUUGCUGGAGUGUGACGUACGCCCCAAAGAGCAUCUGUGCCUUGAAUGGCUCCUCUGUGGAAUUCCACAGCUAUUACACGUACCCUGAAGAUAACACCGUCACAAAAGCAUUCUGGCUUAUCGGGGGAACACGGACAUUUGGUCAUGAACCUAAGGAUUUGAUACAGGAAGAGCAUUAUCAUGGCCGAGUGAAUUAUUCUGAAAAGAAGAAAAAUAACCACACUCUGAGGAUAACAGACCUGAUAAUUGAAGACUCAAACAGUUUUCGCUUCAGGUUUAUAACUGAUAAAGUAGGAGGAAAGUACUUAGGUGGAAAUGUUGAACUCUCAGUUACAGAACUGCAGGUACUGAUGGAUCCUGCAAAUGUCACAGAGGGAGACAGAGUGACAUUAACUUGCAUUACCACCUGCAGUCUGAUUUACAACCCCACCUACAUCUGGUACAAGAACCUACAUGCUAUUAGUAGUACACACACAGCUGGCAACAUGCUGAACAUAUCCUCAGUCAGCAUUGAAGGUACAGGCAGUUACUCCUGUGCAGUUAAGGGACAUGAGGUUCACAGAUCACUGGACAGGACUCUCAGUGUCAGAUAUGCCCCAAGAAACACUUUAGCAUCAGUCCAUCCUUCUGCUGAACCAGUGGAGGGGGAUUCAGUGACUCUGACCUGCAGCAGUGAUGCCAACCCACCAGCACAGACCUACAGCUGGUAUAAGAAGAGUGGAGAUCAAUCUUCACGAGUUGGAUCGAGUCAGAAUAUCAGCUUUGCAAGCAUCAGCUCUGUACAGAGUGGACUCUAUUACUGUGAGACUGGGAAUGAGAUUGGACAGAACAGAUCUGCAGUGGUAUGGAUCAGUGUAACAUACCCCAAAAUACCUUCCUGCUGGACUGCUGUUGUUGGAGGCGUGAUUGGAGGAAUGUUGGCUGGUCUAGUAUCUGGAGCUGUGAUUGGAGUUGUUGUUUUCAAGAGAGUGACACAAACCAGAGAAGUGAGAAGCACCACCAUUGGUACAGUGGGAGACACCACAGCUGUUUCACAGGCUGUCCAGUCUAGUCCUGAUGAUGACACAUACACAGGUCUCAACCUCGCCACAAGAUCACCUGAAUAUGACACUCUGGCUAAUGUGAAGAUAUCUGCUGACGGUGUCCCAUACUCCACCACACAGGUUGAGGCUUCAGACUACGAGAACUAAGAGAGGGGAGAGGCUUGGUGUUUCCAACUGGUGUAAAUGUUAAUAAUUGUUUUUUAAAUAUGUCUUUCUUUUUGCAUCAGAUUAGCCUCAUAUGUAAAUAUGCAAACAGAAAAACUUUAAUAAAAGGCAGUAGACAGAUUUAUUUGAGUUAGUAUCGUUACAUUACUCAUUGUCAUAUCUGUGCCUUUUACUUAUCAACGUUACAAGACUUAUAGUUAGUAUCAUUCAGUACUCUUUAUUAUUUCUCCUUCCUGUGAAUUUCAUUACAAAUCAUGUGCACACUUGGCUUUUAAUGCAUCCUAACAAUACAUCAUCAUUGUUGAUUUGAAAUUCAUCUUAACGUUAUUUUUCAUUAAUUUGAGGUUGUUUGUUGCAGAUAAUUUUACGGCAUUCCUCCUCAUGCUAAAUGUUAUACUGUUGUGUGUUUGGUGUGAAUUCAAGUGAUUAAAUACUGCGCUUUCUUGAAGCAUUGUUGUGCCAUUUCUAUUUGAUCUCUCUGUCUCUCUCUCUCUCUCUCUCUCUCUCUCUCUCUCUCUCUCUCGCUCUCUCUUACAAUGGUCACAUGUCAGACAACAACACCUUUGGGAAAGAUACAGCCACACAUAAAGCCACACAUAAAACGAAAUGACUCAUAGUUACACACACAGCAAACUUUUAUGUGAAUGUUCAGUCCCAUCAAAAGAUGGAGUAAUGUGGAUAAAUGCUCAAUCUAAUAUGCAACAUUCUGUGGAUACACUGUUCCAUCCACACAUAAAUCCAAUGCCCAAUACACACAUGUAUAAGGGGGAACAAAAGAAAAUGAGUGACUCUUAGAUGCUGUAGAUCCACGUUGGUGGAAUGAACCUCUCUACCUUUAAGAAACUUUUGAAGACCCAACUCUUCAGAGAGCACUU